UCUCAUUAUUUUUGUUGAAUCGAUACAAUCGAUAAAUUUUUCCGUUUUGUGUGUGAAGUUUUUUUUUUUUCAUUCGUUCGCAUUCUCCUCUCCUUAAAAUUCUUCCAAUUGCCGCUUUCGAUUUUAAAUUUCCAAUAAAUUGUGCAUGCUUGUGCACAUACCGUCCAUUCCAUCCGUGAAAAUUGCCCCGACUCGCAUUUGGAUAUUUGCCACAAAAAUUCGUUUUAUUUUUUUCAUCGACAAUUUGUUCCCCCCACAAACAUUCAAACAUUCGAACAUUUUAUAGAGCCGAUCAUUUGAUGUCGAUCCAAUAUUGUCGAUGCGCUCAUCUAAGUGAGUUAGAAGGAGAGUGUGUGUGCAUAUAACGCGUGUACAUAUUUUGUGUUGUGUAUAAAUUGCUGAAAAAGAAUGUUGUAAUUGACCAAUUUUUUUUUCUCUAUUCGAUUUUGUUUGUUUUAAAUCAAAAACUUUCGUAAUUGAUCGAUAAACUGAAACGAGAAAAAAAGAAUUAAAAAAAGGUACUCAAUCGAUUUGUUUUUAGAAAGAAAAAUGUCAAUGAAAUUGAAUUGAAGGACUUCCAAAGCGUGAGUGUGAAUAAAAUGAAUUAAAUUGAUCAAUCCUCGAACUUGAUUUAUGAAAAUCGAAUUUCAACAUUAUAAUUGAAUAAAACAGCAAUUCGAAUCGGCUAAUUGUGAGCGAAAAAAAGGUGAAACGGAACAUAUACAGAUAAAAAACUAUUCAAUUGGAAAUGUGGUGGCAAUAAUUGUAUAAGUUCAGUACUUAUUUUUUAAUCUGUUAACCAAAACCAAAGAAAGAUCGCUGUGCUGCACAGAGCGUUAUUUCCAGUACAUUCAACCGAAAAUUUACCAAAAUUCGUCGCAUUUUUGUUCAAUCACAUCGAAUCAAAAUGCAAUCGGAAAAUCAAGCAGCAACUGGCAAAAAAAUUGGCCACGUUCGUCGCCAGUCAUAUGGUAAAAUUAUGCCGAUAUCAUCGUUGUUAAACAAUCUCACUGGCUUCAAUGCGCAUUUUGAAUCAUCAUCGAAUGAAACGUCCGCUGAUAAUCGUCUACCCAUGAACGAAUCAUUUGAAACUCUGGCGCUUAAUAGCCGAGUCAAUGAACGCAGCGAUGGCGAUAGCCACCGAAAUGUUACCGAUUCAACGCUAAAUUUUAUCAAACAUGAAAAAAUCGAUGAUGCAAUAAAUCAAACAUCGAUGCAAACAAAACAACCGUCGACCGCAGCCAAUGUGAUCGAUAUCGAAAAAACAUUUUUAAAAUGCACCAAUUAUCAUCCACAUGAAAUGGAAAUUAAAAAUACCAUCACCACUACUGCCGUCGCCAGCGAUGAUGCAAAAUCCGAUGAGGAAGAUAACAUCGAUCGAUUAUUGCUUGAUGGUAAUAAAAAUAAUGAUGCACCGUGUUUGAUAUGCACAAACAAAGAUACGGAACCGUUGAAACACAGCUUGAUGAAUAUGUUGUGCAAAAAAUUAUGCGAUGAAAGUUGUAACACAUCAACAAAUACGUGUCAAUCAAACGACUCGAUUAUAACGCAUGCCGAUCACGAUGUUGAUACAUCAACAACCGCAACAUGUGAAGAUGAUGAUGGCAAUGAUAGUACAGCGUUGAAAGCGGAAAGUGUUUUACAAUCAGCAAACAGUAGUCGUCAAGAGUUUUUGGCCAGCAUGCUUAAUGCAGAUGAUAGUGAUAGAAAUAGCGACAACGUCGAUGAUGAAUCAUCCCAGAUUGUGCCGCUUACAAUGGAGAAUUUAAAGCAAUUCAAUGAUGAUUAUUUUCGAAAGAAAUUAGCUAUCGCUGAAGCACUUGCAAACACAUCAAUGAUGACAUCAACGACGGUUAAAAAUCGGUUGGCCGCACGAAAAAUUGAAAUGAGCCUCAAUUCACCCGAUUUCAUUUACGAUCCAAAAAAUGCCGAAUAUAUACCACCAAAAGAGUUGCUCAUAUACUUGAUGAGGAUGGGAUCAUUUAAUUCGGCGCCAAAAAUCAAUAACAUCGAUUCGCAAGAUGAUGACGUCGAUAUACCGAAUGGUUUGGAAAGUGCCGCUGAUUUGGUGAACCAUUGCAAAUUAAUGCGUGGCGAUAAUCGACCGGAAUUGUUGCAGCGAUCAUUUUUCAAGCCGAUCAAUGACCUUUCGCUGAAUGAUGUAACGGAUGGUUUACGAUAUUUACACUUGAAUUCAGUUUCCAAAGUUUGUAGUUCACCAAAGUCGUCAACAAAUCAAGUGCGAAUUCUACAAUGGAACAUUCUGUCACAAUCGUUGGGUCAACAUAACGAUAACUUUGUUUGCUGCCCAGCUGAUGCUUUAACAUGGGAGUCACGCAAGUACCUCAUCUUACAGGAAAUCAUACAAAACGAUCCAGAUGUCAUUUGUCUUCAGGAAGUGGAUCAUUUUAAAUUUUUGCAAACAAUGUUGGCCACUCAAAAUUAUGAGGGUAUUUUCUUUCCAAAACCGGAUUCACCAUGUUUGUAUAUAACUGAAAAUAAUGGUCCCGAUGGUUGUGCAUUAUUCUACAAGAAAACAAAAUUCGAUUUGGUCAAUUAUGAUACACGAAUUCUUGAGGUGUGGCGUGUACAAAGCAAUCAAGUCACAAUCACGGCCAAUUUACGCAUCAUUGAAACGGGCAAAGAAAUUUGCGUAUGUACAACACAUUUAAAAGCACGAAAUGGUGCUCUAUUGGCCAAACUACGUAACGAACAGGGAAAGGAUUUGAUGCGAUUUGUGCAACGUGUUGCGAAUAAUCGGCCAAUUUUGAUAUCUGGCGAUUUUAAUGCUGAACCAAUUGAACCUGUUUACAGUACAGUCAUUAAUUAUGCUCCGUUAAAACUGUCAUCGGCUUAUGCUGAUUUGUUGGCAUCGAUAUCAAACAACUCAAAUGAAGAUAAAGAGAGUGAAAAUACGGUUGCCGUAGAUGCGGUCGACAGUGAAACAAAUGAUGAUGAUGGCGAUGAUGGCAUUACAAAUGGUGUCAAAAGUCGUGUUGAUCAUCUUAUCAGCAAUGAACCGCCGUAUACCACAUGGAAGAUUCGUGAAGAGGGCGAAGUUUGUCACACAAUCGAUUAUGUUUUUUAUUCACGCGACAAGCUCAAGGUUAAUAACUGCUUGAAAUUCCCACAUGGAAAAGAAGUUGGUGAAAAUCGUACACCAAGCCAUCGGUAUCCGUCCGAUCAUUUUUCAUUGUUAUGUGACUUUGAGAUCAUUGACAGUGACGGUAAUGACGACGCCGAUCUGACAAAUUGUCUAAACUAAACAGAGGCAUUUGCGUUUUGUCUUUCCAUUUUAUGAAUGAACAAACAAACUGAAUUCAUGGCAAACAAACAUUUCUUUAGAUAGAUGCUAAAUGAUCAAUAGAAUCAGAUCAAUCCUAGAUAGAUAGAAGACAUGAGAAUAGAUACCUUUUGAGUAUGAAAGAUAUAGGGGGAGAGAGAAAUAGAGAGAGAAGAAGCAAUCGUAUUUUGUUAUACGUUACAAUUUUGUGUCUAAUAUAUGUGAUAAUAGCAAGCUUAGAACAUUCUAUAUUUGUAUAUUUUUAAGGUCCAAUACUCUACAUUUUAACAAUCAA